AUGGCCUCGUUGGCGGGAAGUUCAGUGUGGCGCUGGGUGCUCGUGCUCCUCUAUCUGGCCGCCUUCUCGGCAGCCGCCCUCCAGAAUGACGACUACUGGAGGAUAUUGUUGCAGAACGCCGAGCGCGAGUUGGAGUCCCGGGAAUCACAGCCGGCCGUCCGCGCACGCCGAACCCUGAUGCAUCGGGCGUCACGCAGCGACAUGCCGAUGCGAACCAUCCAGAACCCGUCCGAUCUGCCAAUGUUCCGAUUUGGC